UAUUUAUGCUAAUACAAAUCCAUGGGUUGAUUAACAUAUGCCCUAUAUAAGAUUUAAGCUCCUCAGCACAGUUUUACUGUUCUUAGAAUUUGCUCUUAAACAGCCUGAUAUGCCUGUGUUUGCGCAGGUGUUGAGGCAUUUUCACUUUGUUUGUCAAGGUAAUUGUUGUUCCUGUAUUAAAAUAUCCUCGUUUGUCUAAAUUAAUCGAUCUAUUUUUAAGGACGUUAACCACCCGCGGUGGGCAAACUUCCUUGCUGUGACUGCUUAGGAGGUCAGCUUGCGCAUCCUGUGAAUUUUCAUACCAGGAAACUCACCAAAAAGAGCAUUUACACAACUUUAAUUAGCUUUUUGUUUAGUAUUAAACAUAUUAAGUGUAUAGUUUAUAAAUUCAUAAGUAAUGUAAAUAAUAAACAGUAAUUGUUCUCCAGGUCUCACUUUGGAAGAUCUCCUGGUUCUCUAAUCACCUAAUCACCUGAUCCCCCAGUCAGCUUCACACCUUGUUAACACCGCCAUUAGAUUUGCGUUACAUUCCCUUAUUAUUGACUUACAUUUGCGACCAAAUAGCACCUCUUUAUCGCUGUUUACCGAAGAGUUAACAGUGCUAAGCGUUUUCAUAUAUAAUGGUGCCUGCGUGGAGAGCUUCAGUCAGUUGCUUCCAAGCUUCUACCAGGAGAAAACCUCAGAGAGCUCCACAACCAAGCUUCUGCCAGGAGAAAACUACAAAAAAGUCCAAAUUCAAGCCUACGCCAAGAGGAAACUACAGAACAAAAUUCUACAAGAAGAUUCAGCAAGCUCCACUCCAUCACCUACACGGAGUACCGAGAUGUUGCCUGUUAUUGUCUUUUUCUUGAUGCCCAUGGUAGGUCUUGGGAACCCCAGACCAUCUUUUAACCACUUGAGGAAACCCUUUACCGUGGAAGGCGAGUCUGAAGAAGUUCGCUCUGCUGCUAUCAAAAGGCUUUUAGAAGUUUUCGGCAUGGAGGAUCCUCCUGCCACCCCUCCUCGAUCCCACAAGCAGCCCCCGCAGUACAUGCUGGAUUUGUACAACACUGUGGCGGACGUGGACGGCGUGACCAAGGACCCCACGGUGCUGGAGGGCAACACGGUUCGCAGUUUCUUUGAUAAACUGCGCAGCGACCAGAUCGAGUAUUUGUUCAACUUGACCACAGUCGCAAGAAGCGAAAAACUCCUCACUGCCGAGCUCCAUCUUUUCAAACUAAGACCUCAAGCAUCACUCACAUUCAACAGACAUCACUUCUGCCAGGUCAAUGUCUAUCAGGUUCUUGAUACCAGCAAAAUGAACAUCUCCCAUAACAAGAAGCUUGUGUCUUCAAGGCUUAUUCCCAUUCAUUCUAAUGGUUGGGAGGUUUUCACCAUCUCUCAGGCUAUCCGAACAUGGACCAUGAGCCAUCACAGUAACCUGGGUCUACUGGUCACAGUGCGCACUCUGUCAGGCAAUCAGAUGGACCUGAGAACAGUGCGAUUUGCCUCAGGACAGAACCACCACCAUACCAAACAGCCCAUGCUGGUUCUUUUUACUGAUGAUGGCAGGCGCGCUGCUCCUAUGGAGGGUAUUGUAAAAGUUUCUGGAGAUUCCCCAGCUGUUCCCAGUCUCCCUCUGCCCAGCCUGACCCUCCCUGUGGUUGGGCAUCGCAUCCCCCGCUCUCUCGACUAUGAAGAGGACAGGGAGAGGUUGCCUUGUCAGCGCCUACCGCUCUACGUGGACUUUGAGGAGAUUGGCUGGUCCGGUUGGAUUGUGUCCCCCCGUGGCUACAACGCUUACCACUGCAAAGGCUCCUGUCCCUUUCCUCUGGGACAGAACAUGAGACCCACCAACCACGCCACUGUGCAGUCCAUCAUCAACGCACUCAAGCUCACCAAAGGCAUCGAGACGCCCUGCUGUGUUCCCGACAAGCUCUUCUCCAUCAACCUCCUGUACUUUGACGAUGAUGAGAAUGUAGUCCUAAAGCAGUAUGAUGAUAUGGUGGCAGGAAGCUGUGGGUGCCACUGAGAUCCCAAAGCUUAUAUGAAACUGUAUAUAUGUAAAUAGCCCAGUCAAUUCAGAUACAGGUACAAGAAAUGGCAACACUUCUAACUGAAAAGAAAAUACCUCUCAACAACAUCAAAAACACAGCAUCCUGAUCCCAACAUCUUUUAGGGUUUGUUUCAUGGAAUAGUUUCUACUUGAUUUACGCAUGAAUAGCACUGAUGACUGACGUUGCUGGUAUCAUAAAAAUGGACUUCAGCUGAAACUAUGAUGGACUGCAUGGAUGAAUUACCCAGUCCCUCUUACAGCUUUGUAAAAUAUGUAAAUAGACAUAAAUUCUAAUAUAUGGAGGAUCUCGAGGUGGUUACUUGUAAAACAUGUACAUUUGUAAAAUUGCAUGUUGUGAACUAUUUUAAAGUCGUAAUAAAUUGUAAGACAAAAUGGCUUG